AUGGCGGCGGGCGGGCUGGCGGGGCUCCUGCCCGCCCAGACACAGCUCGAGUACGCGCUGCUGGACGCCGACACUGCCCAGGAGAAGGAGAACCUGGUCUACCAGUACCUGAAGAAAAUGGACAGCCGCGAGCGGGACCUGACGGUGCCCGAGCUCGGCGGAGAUCUGCAAUGGUUAAACACUGAAGGUCCUAUUUCUCUUCACAAAGACCUUUGUGGAAAAGUUGUGGUGUUGGAUUUCUUCACUUACUGCUGCAUCAAUUGCUUGCACCUGCUGCCUGACCUCCAUGCCUUAGAGCACCAGUACUCUGAUAAAGAUGGUCUUGUUAUUGUUGGUGUCCAUUCAGCAAAAUUCCCAAAUGAAAAAGUUCUGGAUAACAUUAAAAGUGCUGUUCUGAGAUACAAUAUAGUCCACCCUGUAGUAAAUGAUGCAGAUGCAACACUCUGGCAUGAGCUGGAAGUGUCCUGCUGGCCAACUCUGGUCAUUCUUGGGCCUCGUGGAAAUAUGCUGUUUUCUCUUGUUGGAGAGGGACACAGAGAGAAACUGUUUUUAUUUACUUCUAUAACACUGAAAUUCUACAAGGAAAGAGGACAAAUCAAAGAUAACAACAUUGGAAUAAAACUAUACAAAGACUCCCUUCCACCUUCUCCUCUGCUGUUUCCUGGCAAAGUGGCUGUAGAUGAUUCAGGAGGAAGGUUGGUCAUAGCAGACACUGGGCAUCACAGGAUUUUGGUUACUCGUAAAAAUGGACAAAUUCUACACACUAUUGGAGGUCCAAACAGUGGAAGGAGAGAUGGAGGAUUUUCAGAGGCAGCUUUCAACUCACCACAAGGAAUCGCUAUAAAAAAUAAUGUUAUUUAUGUAGCUGAUACAGAAAAUCACCUAAUUAGAAAGAUUGACCUGGAGUUGCAGAUGGUGACCACUGUAGCAGGCAUCGGGGUACAGGGUGUUGAUAAGGAAGGUGGAGCAAAAGGAGAAGAGCAGCCCAUCAGCUCUCCGUGGGAUGUGGUCUUUGGAAGUUCAAUUUCAGGGAUGCAGGAAGAAGAUGUGUUAUGGAUAGCAAUGGCAGGCAUUCACCAGAUAUGGGCACUGAUGUUGGAAGGUGGAAAACUGCCAAAGGGAAGCGACUUAAAGAAAGGAGUGUGCCUUCGCUUUGCUGGGAGUGGGAACGAGGAGAACAGGAACAAUGCUUACCCACACAAGGCAGGGUUUGCCCAGCCCUCGGGGCUCUCCCUGGCCCCAGAGGAGCCCUGGAGCUGCCUGUUCGUGGCCGACAGCGAGAGCAGCACCGUGAGAACCAUCUCGCUCAAGGACGGGGCGGUGAAGCACCUUGUAGGAGGAGAGAGAGACCCACUGAAUUUGUUUGCUUUUGGUGAUGUGGAUGGAGCAGGCAUAAAUGCAAAGCUGCAGCAUCCCUUGGGAGUAACAUGGGACAAGAAAAGGCAGCUGCUCUAUGUGGCAGAUUCCUAUAAUCAUAAGAUUAAGGUUGUGGAUCCCAAGAUGAAGAACUGUGCUACCCUGGCAGGCACAGGAGAAGCAGGCAAUGUUGUUGGUUCCAGCUUUACCCAGUCAGCUUUCAAUGAACCAGGAGGUUUGUGUGUUGAAGAAAACGGCCGCCUGAUGUAUGUUGCAGACACAAAUAAUCAUCAGAUUAAAGUGAUGGAUUUGGAAACAAAAAUUCUUUCCAUGUUGCCUAUCCUGAAGCCAGAAGCAUGUGAUGUUCCAGAUAACCUGCCUGUGCAAAAGGAUAAAAUAACAAACCUGCCAAGACUGCCUAGAUCUGCACCAAAUGUUGAACUUCCUUCACUAACUGUAGCUCCUGGCCAGACAAUUCAGUUUUUAUUAAAGUUGACUCUUCCUCUGGAUUCAAAACUGAAUGAAGAAGCUCCCAGUGCCUGGUUUAUCACGGCAGAAGAUAACACCUGGUUGCUGCAAGGACAGUGUCUGACAGGAGAAAUAAAGGAUGUUUCCUGUCAAACUGUCAUUCCCUUUCAGCUGCCUGGGAGCUGUGUGUCAGCAGAAGCCACCCUGGCCAUCAAAGCGUGCCUCUACUACUGCAGCAAAGGUAGCAGUGCCUGUAUGAUGGCAGGAGUCUCCUUCAGCCAGCCCUUGCAGGUCACUGGCACAGACCAAGGCAGCUCAGCUCAAGUGGAACUGAUACACACCUUUGCAACCAACUAACACAAAGCCAGCUGACUUCACACUUUAUUUUGCUAUCCACCAUUUCUGUGGGAGAAAGUACAAAUAGAUAACUUGGCUCUGUUUUUUCCUGGAGCUUAUGACAAAGCUAAGAAAUAAUUUGCUUGGUAAAAUGAAGUAGUUUUUCUUACAGCUUAACAGGAAAAUUUAUCAUCACAACCUCAUUUCUUUACAUUACAGUAGCAGCAAUACUUUGUAAUACUGUAGACUCUGUUGCCAAUUGUGAACACACUGGAUGUCUGCCAGUCUUAAUAAGUGAGCAACAAUUUUUAGAGUCCAUUUGAAAGAGCUGGUGUUAUUUUGUGAUGUUACUGUAAGAUCUUUGCACUAUAAAUAGUGUUGGACUAGAUAAUUUUGGACUAACACUUCAAAAUUCCUUUUAUGCCCUUAUUGCAUUUUAAUAGAAUGUCAAGUUUCUUUCUCCAGUCUAUAAAAGAAGUAUUUUGUUUAUUCUUCUGUAAUGACACUUAUGACACGUGUAAUUGAAAAUACACCUUAAACUAGGUGCAGCACUAGUUUUAUGCAAACUGAGCAUUUUGCUUUAACUUGACAUCGCCGCCUUACAUGAAGAACAAAGGUUCAUGGGAAAUUUUCUGUGAAAGGAAGCCUUCAAGUUCCUGCAGAAAAAUUUCAUGCUGAUUUUUAACAAAGAAUGUGCCUCUCUGCAAUGUGUAUAUGUAUAUAAAAUAACCACCACAAAACCAUGCUGGAGCUUUUCUGAUACAUACCAAUUUACAUUUUAUAGAAGGUGGUAGGUAAUGGUUGAAUACCUACACUGCAAAAAUUAAAUGUCAACCAUUUCAAGCAGAGUGAUUUACUCAUUUUUAUGAUUUCUCUGCAAAGACUAUCCUGAAGAGUUCUGUGUUGCAGAUACGUAAUAUUAUGAAGAAUAUUACACUCUUGAAGUCUGAUUCAGAGUCUUUUGAAGUCACUGUUAGUCCUUGGAUUUGUUAUAUUCGCCACUGAACCAGAAUUGUAUACUUGAUAAUGGAUUAUUUACAUUCAUGUUUAGAACUUCUGAUCUUUUGCUAGAAAACUGGUAACCUAAUCUUUGAGUAAGAUGCUUUAAAACUCUAUUGCAAAACUCUGCCCUUGAUGGUUAAAUGUUUUGCAAAUAAAAGUCCUUCAAUUUGCCACAAUGAGAAGGAGCAGGGUGAUAGUGGUGGUGCAAGUUUAUUACUUGAACUGGAAGAGUUUCCAUCAUGCUUAAGUGGUAAUUGGUGGUAAUACACUCUGAUCAUAAUAAUCACUUCUGAGAAGAUGAUUUUGUUUGAAGUUGAAAGAUAGUACUGUCACACAUAUUAUAAAGUGCAGUAAUGAAAGAAUUUUUUAAUAUAGUCCUUUCUGAAACAAUUACUCCUGACACCUGUCAGUAAAUCCCCACUAUCAGUUGUUGUUUUUUCUUACUUAAAGAUUGAUUGAAUUGUUCAUCAUGAACUGGAGAGGCUUUUGUUUUAAGGGAGUGGUGUGGUUCUUCCUUCCAUUGAAAUGCCAGUCUAUCUGAAAGUUCUUUGUGGCACCAGAAAUGGUUGUUAUCUCACCUGUCAGCAAAGCAAGGGAUGAAAUGUUAUUAUUCUUAUGAUUGGUAUUUAAGCAACUUUCCUAGUUCACUGUUUCAGCUCCUUUGGAUAAGCCUCUCCAUUUUCACAUGCCAUUUUGAAGAGUGAAAAAGCUUUGCUACUUUGUUCACAGAUGGCAAAUACUGUUGGAAGGAUGAAGAUAAAGAAACUGAUUUGGGCAUUUCUUAUUUUUUACACUUUAGUAAAACUUAGUCUUUCACAAUUCCUUGUUUGUCUGUUCAACUUCGGAUAGUAGCCAGGAAACCUUCAAUCAGCUUCUAGAUAGCCUGCAGAUUUUCUGUUGCUCUCUGGAAAAAACAAGCAUUAGGUUCAGAAGUUCAGAAUAACGAACCAAGCUGUCACAGUUACCUUGAACGUAGAAUUCAUCAGGUGGAUCUUUUGUCUCUCAUUUUGUCCCAUCAUGGAAUGGUUUAGGUUGGAAGGGGACUGAGAGAUCAUCUUAUUCCAACCCCCUGCCAUGGACAGGGACACCUCCCACUAGAGCAGGUUACUCAGAGCUGCACCCAGCCUGGCUGUGAACACUUUCAGGGAUCUGGCAUCCCAGCUUCUCUGGGCAGCCUGUGCCAGUGUCUGACCACCCUCACAGUAAAGAAUUUCUUCCCAAUAUCCAGUCUAAAUCUGCCUUCUUUCAGUUUGAAGCCAUUCCCCCUGGUCCUAUCCUACAUGUCCUUGUCAAAAGUCUCUGUCCAGCUCUUGCAGCUCCUUCAGGUACUGGAAGGUGCUAGGAGGUCUCUCCAGUCUUCUCCAGGCUGAACAACCCCACCUCAAAUUUUCAGCUAGAAUGACAUUAUAUUUUACUAUUUUAAUCAGAUCACAUUAUCAAAUUCUGCCAGUACUCCCAUAUUAAAAAAAAAAAAUCAAAAAUCUGUUUUGUUAUUGACACUUUCAAUUAAUGUAUUGCUGUAAGCGAAAGACUGUAUUCCUCACUUUAUUUAACUAUAGUGUAUAAUUUUUAAUUUUCUGUCUGUGUGUUCUUUCCUUGCUCAGUCUCUGUGUUCCCUGUGAUUGGUUGUUAAUCCUCUAGUCUAACAUAAAGUUUUGUUUGUCCAAGGCAUAAGGAUGCACAUUCCCAGAGUCACUACUUCUGUUUCACUUGUAGUGUACAGAUAUUCUAAUGUUCUCUGAUUAGAAAAACACAGAUUUUUUUACAGCUUAUGAUAUUUAGGGAUGCUGUUUCCAUUUCUUCCUCCAGGGUUUACAAGCUGCUCUUAUAGUUAAGCAACAAGUGCCAUAAGUUUCACCAGACAGGCAAACUACAAGAAAUUUACAAUUGUACAAGCUACAAGAAAUUUAUUUAAAGACCAGAAAGUAUCUUCCAAAUAUAAUGCAGAAAAAUAGGAAAUCUUACUAUUUUGUAAAAAAAGAAUCAGAUACAUUGAUGACUGCUACCUCUUUGUAUGGGAACUAAGUUUUUUUUAUGUUCCCUGAUAUAAAAAUUCUGAGCAGAUUGGAAUGGCUCACCACUCCCAAAUUUGUUUCUUAUAGUAAAAGUUUGUAAAUCAAGGCCUUUUCCAAACAUGACUUUCUCCUGGCUUUAACAGGUUUUGCAGCAGACCUUAAUAAAGCAUUAAAAGAUUAUAGCAGCUCUGAAGAGUAUUGGUCAUGGUUGAUUUGUAUAGUGGAAACAAGUUCAGUGGCAUUUUUAGUUGUAGUGUUUGCAUUUCUGGGACAGCUUUUGGUUUUGAUUGGAUGUAUUAAUAGUUCCAUUAGAUGUUUUUAGUAAUUUUAUUCAAUUGCAGUAUAAUAUUUUUUAUUAGACUAGAAAAAAAGAUAAAGUGUUUUCAAAGAGGGAGGAUAAUUUGUUUUAAUAGCUCUUUCAUGUUGUUUGAAUUCAGUAAUAUCUUCUGUAGCUUGCUCCCUUCUGUUGAAGGAAGGGUGGGGAUGAUGACUGUGUAAAUCUGUUGGUGGGCACAUAUUUUAUGCAUAUAUUUUUAGUUGAUUUCUUUUUGUGUUAGAUUCUUACAUCAUUUUUAGCUUUUCUGUUGGAUGCAGUUCUUCACAGUUUGUGUUUGGCAUCUCAUAUCUUCUGCCUACAGAGCAUUAUAAAGCUGUGGUAGUGUGGUACCAAGCAAGAGAAAGUAGUUUUAUGGCAUCAGGUAAAUGCCUUAUCUGCUUAUCCUGAGAAAAAGUGCAUAUGGCUUCCAGUAUAUUGCAUAUAUUCUUAAAGCACUGAUUUUAUUUCAGUAGGAAAAUAUUGUAGCUGAAACCAUGGGUAAAACUUUUGUUGAGAGAACAUCAAGAAAAAUAUAUUCCUUACCUCUCAGUCAGAGGAGGGGGAUGAUGAAAAUGAAGAGACUUUCCUUCUUACGUAGGGCCAUGUCCUUUCGUUCCUUUAAUUAUUGACUAUUUAUUUUAGCAAAGAUAGAGGCAUUAUUGACCACAAAUUGUCUUGAAUUUUUUAUUCCUAACAAGGUUUUCUAUGUACAUGGAAGCUUUAAAUGUCUGACUUUGUAGAGUUAUGAGUGAUAGAUCUUAUUUUAAAUGGUUGUCGUUUAGCAGAAAAUAGCAGAGAUUUAUUUACAUUCUUAAGAUCUGUAAUUUUUUUAAAUCGCUGUUAUUCAUUAACUUACCUCAAAGACAUGUUGGGGCUACACUCUCACAGAAGUGUGAACUCAAAAUUAAGUUUUCUUUGUUGUAGAAUGUGUGAGAUGUGCUGUGACACAUUGUGUUCUCCAGGCUGCAGUUGUGCUACCUAAGGAGAAUUUUCCACUCACCACUCAGCUCAUCAGUCACCCCCAGUAAUUCUCCACUGAAAUCUGCCAGGUCACUUGCUCAUAUAACCAAUUAAUAUUACUGAUUUAGGUUAGCAAACAUUUAGCAUUCAGAAUUUAUCAUUACGAUUUUCAUUGAAGUUGGUUUGUCAGGGAUUAGAGGAGCUUCUCUGUCCCAGGCAAAUGAAGUAUAGGAAUGGUGACAAGUAAUUGGAGAUAAUUUUUGAAAAUGUGAGACCUGGUUAUUUUUUAAUUAAAUCACAACAUCUGUUUUUGCAUUCAACAAGAGAUCAUUAAUUUAGAACCAAUAUUCUAAUAUUUUACAUUCCAUUAUGUUCAUGUAAGCAAAUUUGACUACUGUCUUCCAUUAGAAGCAGCAGAUCUAUAUUUUAUAGUUUUUGUACUCUUAAAGUCACUACUCUCACUUAGGAUUAGGAUUCAUUCCUGUUCAAGACUCAUCACACCUAUGAUUGAGUUUCCAAGUUUCUCUUAGUUUGUCACACAAUUUUGGGGGAUUUUGGUUAGGAUUUUGGGUCUGUCCUUUCCUCCUGUAGUUUCCACAGUGAAAUGCAGCCCAUAUCUUGUUAUCAUGGAGGGAUCCAAGUAGGAAGGAUAAUUCCCUCCACCAGCUCCUUGCCCCUCCCCUGCUUCAGGGAUGGGGAUGUAAACAGCAAGUAAUUCUAGAUAGCAUUAGAAUAAGAUGAUGUCCUCAGGUCAGCUUCAUCAAGCUUUGCACAGAUGCAGCUACUGUCAGAAGUUUUCCCUUUACCUCUGGCCCUGCCCACUGAGGUCCUGCAGUUGUUUGUGGCUGUCCCAGAGCAUCCCAUCAAACUCGAGUAGCCUGUGCAGGGAUUCUGACGGCUCUUGGUUGCAGGAAACAUUGGUGCUAGAGAUUAAAUACUUUAGCUGCUACAGGUUAAAUAUUUUAGCUCUUAAGUAAUUUGCUGUCUUGUUGGAGGUUGUUUAAUUAUUGUCAGGUAAUGCACUCCUGCUGUAGAUGAGAAGCUGGAAACCUGGGUGUGAGUUGAGGAAUGUUUGUGUAGCUAUAAUUAAAUAUUGCUUAGUUUACCUCUUUGGUGGUCCUUUGCUUUCAGGCAUACCAGGGAACUCUGUCCAAUUGCAGGAUCUAGGGCUAAGCAAAAGAAUUGCAAGUAUUUUUUAAGUCUUGCCUAGUUCCUUUGAAACAUGGACAAUUUUGAGCUAAAGAAAUCCUGUUUGAAGAAAACCUGUUCAUACAUCUGCCUUAACUUAAUGCUCUGUACUCAACAUGCCUCAGAAGAGAGACAUUCCAUACUGUAUUCUUUCCCAUUUUGACUAAGGAUUGAGAAAUUCAACCCAUCUGGCCAUUGUCAGACUUCAUAGAAAGCAAAACAGCAAUUCCCAAUUUGAUUUUACAUCCAUUAAAAAAAAAAAAAAAAGAGCCUAUUUUCCAAGCUUUUGAUUAAACUGAAAUACUGAGUUUGAACCAUAUGUUCAAGGAAUCUGUCCUGAGAGUUACUUGAAUCAUAUUUCCAAAUCUGAUUUCCAGAUUUUAAAAAUUAAUUGCAAAGAAACAAACUGCUAAAUGUUUUAUCUAUUGAAUAUUUAACUUCAGAAGUCUUCAAUUUCACUUUUAAAAUAGGAUUAGAACAACUAAAGCAUUCUCCUCUCUGUCAUUACCAUUAAUGUACCAUUAAUCAUUGUAUCAUUAAAACCUGUGAUGGAUCGAUGUGAUUUUGUAAGAAAAUCAAUAAAGAAAAAGAAGGUGAUUGUUAAACAGUGACUGGGUGAAAUCCAGGUGCUCUAAGGUUAAUGGCAAAUACCUUUAGGACCAGGAGUUCAGCCCAAUGUGACAGAAAUUCUGUCUUUUUAUUACAUCUUGAUGGCUGAAGGAAAAAAUCAGUGCCUUUUGUAACAAUACUUGAAAGUGUUUCUUUACAGAAAUACUGGAGUACUGAUUGAAAUAAGCUAUUUGACCUUCAUGGUUUGCAAGUUUCAGAAGGAUUUAAUUCUACUAAUUCUGAAACUCUGAAGAAUUUUCCUUCUCCAUCAUGUUAUUGAAUUAAUUGGAAAUUAAGGUGCUUAUUUGUCAAACUCCUUACAAAAUACUUCAAAACAAGGUUGUUUCUCAAUCUUAUGAGCUUACUUCUGAAAUUAUUGUUACCUCUUUUGUACACUCCAGAUCAAACGUGGCAGGGAGACUUCAAACAGCUUGCUGAAAUUGUGGUUUGAGUGAGGUGGAAGGCAGAACAUGCACUGAUCUAAAGGGGCAAAGGUGACACUUCUUGGUAUUUGAGGGAUGGAGAGUUGGUCUUUGUUUUGGAGUUGUUUUCAUCAGCAAAGAUGCUUUACACAGCAGAGGGCUGUGUGUAGGGGCAGUGAAGUCAGGUUAUGUCACUGUGAAAACGUGUAACUUCAUUUACGUUCUGCUGCUGGGAUAUCUAAAAAUCCCAGCAGUAUAAUGGUAGUGAGGGAAGUCACAUUUGAGCACUUAACACCUUAAUAAAUGUCUCCAGGUGGUUUAAGGGGAAAGACAGGAAUUGUAUUUUCUUUCUUGAGAAUUUCAGUGUUGCUUUGUAGGCAUUGGAAAAUUUUGUCUGUUCUUUGAGAUACUAAACCUUUGUUUCUCCAUUACAUUUGAUGCAAAGCCUUCCACAUAUCUGAAUAUUUUAAAAAUGUGGUUUACAUUUGUUGUUACAGAAUAUGAGAAGAACUAAAAUGAAAGCACUUAAUCUAGAGCUGAUCUAGGUUGUGUCAAUUCUUCACUGACAGUGUUGCCUAACUGUUCUUAACAAUAUUCGUAGAUGAUGAUCCUUUUUAAAUAAAGGGUAAAUAUCCUGUAAUAUUAUGAGAACAAAUAAAUACACUGUAGAAGAAAUGUCAGCCUUGGCUAUCAAACCAACAGAUAAACAGUGAUUAAAGAAUGUAUGCUUUCUCCUGUGCAGCCUCUUUAUCCUUGUAAAGCUUUUUCUUGGAAAAAUAAACAUUAAAAAAUUGUAUGUUUUCUUUCA